AUGGGCGCUGUUGAUCCCACGUACCCACUCUUCCCGAUCGCCAACAUUUUGUCUGCGGCGAUGCUGCUUCUGGUACUCCUAACUAGUCUAGUGCGCCAAAGCUGGAAUCUGGCCGUUGGCUUUCUAUGCUUUUGGCUUCUCGUGGACAAUGUCACCACCGCCGCGAACAGCAUCAUCUGGUCGGAUAAUGCCGAUGUAAAGCUGUAUGCUUACUGCGACAUUGUCACCCAUCUGCAAGUCAUCACAUCCGUAGUCAAACCGAUGGCGACCCUUCUCAUCACGCGCCGACUCUACCUGAUCGCCAACUUGCAGUCAGUCGAACCUCACAGGAAAGGGAAAGGAGAGAGGCUAUGGGAUACCGCGGUAGAAUGGACUCUAUGUCUGUUUGUCCCCCUUCUCGUGGCUGGUCCCAUCUACUACGCGAAUCAAGGUCUUCGAUACUUCGUCAAUGAGGGUUUUGGGUGCACAGCUGCGAAGUUCGUGUCAGUACUCGAACUUCUGACCGUAGAGUCGUGGACUGUCAUACCUCCCCUGAUCUCUGUCAUGUUCUAUUAUCCGAAGGUAGCCCGGAUAUACUAUCGCCAGAGCAAAGACGCCCACAGCUUCCUACGCAGCAACUCCUCAGUGUCGCACACGAACUACUUGCGCAUCCUUGUUCUUGCCAGUAUUGACAUCUUGCUGAUGCUGCCUGCGGGAAUAGUGAACGUUACGCUUGAGAUUAUCGCGGCGCUGUCGCGUCCGGACGACUUCCCCUUCUACUACGGCUGGACCAUCCUACACACCGAUUGGGAUCCCGUUGCGUUGCCCUAUGCCGAGCAGCAGGGGUUCGGGACGGCAGCGCUCGUGCAAAGCUACUUCGUGUUUUGGACGUCGCCCGUCCUCGCAUUCGCCAUCUUUGGCCUCUUCGGCCUCACAUCCGAAGCGCGGACGUCUUACUGGCGCAUCGUCUGCACCGUCUGCGGCUGGUUUGGACGGAAGCCUACUGCCCUCGAGCAGGUGGGGCGGACAUCACUGGGUGAUAUUGAGUUUGGCGCGCGCUCGCAGGUCGACGCCGAGACGGGAUUGCGCACUUCCAGUCCCGUCGAGGUAGCUACGGCUGUAGCAACCAUGGUCGACGAUAGGAUCGAGGCGCCUGAACCCCGGGCGGACUUGAAGUUGAUGGCGAAGCACGUCGACGAGGCAUCUUUCGAGGAGACAUGCGAAUGUGACGCAGAAGGUGGUACCACAGCUGCUGGUGGCACUUCUAGCGACGGUGAACGCUUCCAAGAUGCGGAUGCACUAGGUCUUAAAGAGAAUGUAUCUGAUGUGCCAGUACUCUAG